AUGAAGUUCGUCCUCGCCCUCACUUCUCUCUUGGGAGCCGCCAUGGCCUUUGAGUCCUCCGGCUUUAAGGAACGUUCGGCACGUUUGCGCAGCCGGGCUCCAAGGCCCGAGAAGUUCGCAAGCGUGGAGGUGCGAACUUUGGAGUACAGAACCUCGAUUGGCUCCCCUACCGAACAACGGUCCAAAGCCCUGCUCACGAGGGUGCCGGGCCUCCAACGGCGCGCCGUCCCCCAAGCGAGCGAUUUUUUCGAGUGCACAAACCCUAAACCGAGCCCCGCCACUGCUGAUUGCAAGGUUAUUGUCAACCAAAUCCUAUCGACUGACGACGAAUUUAUCAUUGCGGCCAACUCGUGUCUCGUCUACUCCUUUGGGACGUGUCAGGCCUUCUUCUGCUCCCUCUGCGAGACUCUGAGCACUACAACCACCUUUAUUGGUGGCCAACUCGAUACGGUCGAUGCAUUGUGCGUCGAGAAUGGCCAAGCCGGCACGAUUGUGGGCGAAGAUGCGCCGCAGUGGGACGCCGGCUUCACCUACGCGGGACAGGGCUUGCCAACGUUUGAUGUGUGCUGA